AUGGCAGAAUCAUCUUCUAAAGCAGUUCCGGAAACACACGAUGUUCUUAAAACUGCUUUAAGGGGUGGUGCAUAUUCCUUCGCCGUUAGCACUAGUAGUGUGCUAGUAAUAAAAGAAAUAUGUGGUGCUGUAGUUGGGGUAACAAAGGAGUUAGGCGGUGCCAAUGCAAAUGCAGUGGAAAUAACAAAAGAAGUAUGCGGUACUACAGUUACACUUGCUCUUAUUUACACCGGCUAUAAACUGUUAAGACCAGUCAUUGAUCAAGCUGUUAAAAAUGCCUUGGGUGGUGAAAGAACAGAUCAAAAGGUUGAGGAUAUCAAACCAGGAUCUCUACAUGUUUUAUUUCGUUGUUUCACGGAUGAAAGAUUUCUUGAAAUUUUGGCUAACUUUGAAUCUGGAGGAAUAAACAAACAUUUGGAGAAAGAAUUCUCGGAGGUUGGCAUUGAGGUAGAAGGACUGAAAGUCAAGAUUGAAAACAUGGAAGAAGUAGAAAAGACAAAAGCGGCUAUAAACAAGAGGUAUAUAGAAAUCAAUAAAUGGUGCAUAAAAAAGUCGUCAUUUCAAAUAUUAAUUUCGAAAGGAAGAAAGCAGUAAAACUUUUAAGUUAUAUGUACUAGUUAAAACAUGAGCAGCCGGUCUUUAUCUGAAAUACAAACUCGAGUCGAAGGCGAGAGUUUGUAUAUCAGAUAAAUAUCGGAUGCGAAUGUCUUAUCGUGCUUAAAAAGCGACCCAUCUUAUGAGUUUAUUGGCGAAGUAAUUUUAAAAAUAAACAUAGUCUAAGCCGAGAAAAUCAAAGCUAAACUUUAUGUAAAUCAGGACAAAUCUUUAUCGGAUUUACAAACAUUGAUUAAACAUUCGUUUCUUUUGUAUUUUCCUCAUGAAUUAUUAAUGAGUUUUUUACUCAUAUUUGAAAGUUUAGCAAUGCACGACUUUGUGUUUUUACACUUAAACUAUAUUGGUUAGCAAAUUAUACAAUUUUAAGUGAUUGGGAGUAUUGGAGUUACAGUAAAAUCUAUAAAAUUGAAGAUCUAUAUAAGAAAAAAACCAAAAAAAGUUAAAAACGGCUAGCUAAGAUCUAGCUAAGCCGCCUACUGCUAGCUAAGAUCAAUUAUGAUUUUCCUUUGUGUUGUAGGAGGUCUUAUUGUUAUCCAGUUGUAGAGUCUGAAGUGAUGACAGAAUUAGGUGCUGAAGAUAAAGCAAAAAAGAUGAAGGAAAAAUAUUUGCUUGUGUUUGAUGAGACUGAGACAUUGUCUACAGGGCAAAACCAAGGUAUUCAUUAA